CUGCUUUCUAAUAAACGAGCUGUGACUGAGAGAAAGCAGUAGCCAAAUGCAGUGGCACAAGCCAUUCAUACACAAUCUCUGUAGUACUGGAGAGGCUGAAUUGAGAUUCCCAAAAAGAAAGGAAAAAAAAAAAAAAAGGAAAUAGCUCCUUUAAGCCUGCAAAAUAUGACUGUCUCAUUUUGUACCUUUUAUAUUUUUUUGUGUUAGCACUCACAAAACCAUUGCAUGCUCGCGUUCACAAAUUCCUAACAAAUCACCGAAGCAAUGGCUUGUUUGGUUCAUCCCUAGGAAGCUCUGCAUGAGUGCUGCUGAAGUAGAGCAGGUGUCGGGUGGGGGUGGGUGUUGGAAUCAAGCUUCCCACCUUCACGGCGGCACGGCAAAGCUUGCUAAAAGCAGCUCAACAACCAGGGAGCAAAAAUACCUUAUUUUUUUGUAGCAGAUGCUUAGAGCGUGCAUCUACCGCUAUUAACACACGUGGAUGAGGCACGGCCUGGCAUGUGCAAUCUGCAGUCUCCCUGUGCCAGCAGGAGCAUCCCAGGAGCAAAUCCAGCUCCAGAAGGGCAGAAGGAAGCGGCAUUGAAGUACCACACGCCCCCUGACUCCUUUUUUUGCGAUCCGGCCUGAUGCGUGCAAACCUCUGUGUCGUUCCCGCGUCCCCCCGCAGCUGUAAAACCCCGCACGGCAGCACUUGCUGCCUACCCCGGGCCGGGGGAAGGCUACGGCGGCGGCGCCAGGAAGCGGCGGUGCCGCCCCGGGCAGCUCCCAGGGGGCCUCGGCGGGAACGCGAACGGGAACUGGGGCCGGUCCUGGAUGUAGGAAGUAUGAAUGACUGGCAGAGAAAAAGCCCCCUAGAAUGGGAAACGUAUGUGAACAAAUUGGUGAAAGUUGUUGCAGUUGAGAAACAUGAAUAUGAAGGAUGGGUUUUAACAGUUGACCCAGUUUCUGCCACCAUUGUCCUCGCAAUAUUCCCAGAGAACGAGAAAGGAUCCAUAUCAUUCGUCAUGGGCCACGCUGUCCAAGAGGUGGAGAUCCUGCAGGAAGGGGACAGUGACAUGAAGCAGCGCCUCGCUCGCAUCCUUGCGCCCGAGGAAAGCCAAGCCUACAGCCCGGAGGAGCUGGAGAAGAGGAAGAACGCCUUGAAGACCUGGCUGGAGACAAACCACAUCCCCGUGGGCGAGCAGGGGGAGCAGGGCAGGACGCUGAGCGUGGCGGGGGUGCUGAGCAUCGAGCCCCCGUACGGCCCCGAGCAGUGCAGCAGCACCAACGAGAUCAUCCUGUCCCGCGUGCAGGGCCUGCUGCAGCGCUACCUGGAACAACAGCGCUGAGCGCUGCUGCUGGGGCCUUCCAUUCCAGGAGCUCUCCUGUUUUAGGAACUGUCCUGUCAAGGAACUCUCCUGGGUGUCAAUAUUCACUAUUGUCAGAAAAGUUGCGUUUUGGGUACUUCCGUCUUGAUUUUAUUUUUUGGUAUGUAAAGGAAGGAAUAAAGAAGAAUAAACUCAAA